AUGGCCCCUAAGGAUACCAAGAAAGGCGGUGCCUCUAAGGCCGGUAAGGGCGCUCAGGCCAAGAAGGCUGCCCAGGCUGCCCUCAAGGGUGUGCACUCGCACAAGAAGACCAAGGUCAGAUACUCGACUACCUUCCACCGCCCCAAGACUCUUCAGCUGUCUCGGGCUCCCAAGUACCCUCGCAAGUCGAUCCCUCACGAGCCCCGUCUCGAUGAGCACAAGGUCAUCGUCCACCCUCUCAACACCGAGGGUGCCCUGAAGAAGAUCGAGGAGCAGAACACCCUCGUCUUCAUCGUCGAUGUCAAGGCCAACAAGGCCCAGAUCAAGCAGGCUCUCAAGAAGCUCUAUGACAUUGACACCGUCAAGAUCAACACCCUGAUCCGCCCUGACGGUUCCAAGAAGGCCUUUGCUCGCCUCACUGCCGAUGUCGAUGCCCUCGACAUUGCUGCCACCAAGCUCGGCCUUGUCUAA